CGGUGAGAAUCGAAUGAAACCCUAAUCCCUAAUUCCUGGUCUUCCGAAUCCGUCUCCCACCAAACCUAUCAGACUCAGAAGCCGACAACUGUCAUCGGAUUUUUUUCCGCACUGGUCUUUCUUGGGUUCUUCUUUCCUUUAUCUUCUUCUCCACGUCGCUUCCCCCUUCGACGACUGAUCUCCUUCCGUUCUUCACUCGAAUCCUCCGCCUCUUCUGGAGUAUCUCGUGCUUGCGGGAUGAGAAUACAUAGAGAGAGUGUUUGGUGAGGGGAAUGUAGACAGUAAGUUUUUAAAUGUGAUCGCGUCAGAAUACCCUUUCUUAAUUUGGACUCUGUCGCGCGUGUUCUUUAAAGCUAAUAAGCUUAUUUUGCAUUUGGAGGCUAGCAUCGAUACUUGCUUAAAAAAGUCCGGUUCUUGAAUUUCUUUUUUCUUAAUUUGAAAGUUGAAGUUUUUGGCCUCACUUACCGAGUUAAAGCAAAGAAUGAGCUUAGGAGGUGCAUUUAGGAACAUCAUCCGCCCUCUGUCAGCAAAAAUGCUUUUAACAAUCCCUGCAAGAUUAUCUGAUGCAGUUCCCUUACCAUCGGCAAUAGAAAAGUCCCAAUGCCUUCGAACAACUUUCAUCAUCAAAGGGCCCUUGGGUCUUUCUUUGAGACGAUUGUUCGGCACUUCAACAGGUGGUGCGGCUUUCCAGAGCUUGACUGAUACUCAUUUCCCAAAGAGAAGGCCCGGAACAAAGCCUCGUAGGAAGAGGGCAAGUCUCAAACCUCCGGGUCCGCAUGCUUGGAUUCAGUAUGUUCCUGGGGAACCAAUUCCUAGAAGCCGUCCCAAUGAAGGAAGUGUCCAAGGGAGAAAACGGAUAAAGCGUAUCUUGCAACGGAAGGAUUUUAUUUUGACUGCGAAGAGGAAAAAACAAGCUGAAUAUAAAGUCGCCAGAAGGAAAAAAUACAUGGAGAGGAUAGAAAGGAAGAUGGCAGCUGUAGCUCGUGAGAAAGCUUGGGCUGAAAGGCUCAAAGAACUUCAGGAGAUCGAAGCUCAAAAGAAGGCCUCAAUGGCUUCAUAACUGUUACAUGCUUUAUGGAAGUAGUUUUUCAACUGUUUGUUAUAUGCUUUUUUUAAGUGCUUGAGGAUCUGUAGUUUUCAUGUUUGAUAUGGAUUGAUGUUGAAAUAACGAGACUUCCUGCAGAGAAUAAAGCCUCUCAACUGUUUUAAUUAUUGCUUAUGCUGCUAAUGAUUGAUUAAGAAGAGGGAUUUAUGAUUCUUACA